AUGUCCAUCAACUAUGCUCUGGCCUUUUCUUGGUUGAUUGGACUUAUCUUGACCAUUGGAUUUAGUGCCAAUGUAUUGGCUGUGGUUCUUGCUAUCAAAUACAGUUCCAUGAAGAAAAACCAACUGGAUAUUCUUCUUCUGAGUAUGGCUGCAGCAGACCUUAUUACCCUUAUCCUGAUGCCCUUUGUGUUGGCUUCGGUCAUCCACUAUACAUGGUUUUGGGGAGAUGCAUUCUGCAAAUUUUUCCAGUUUUGUUCUGCUUUCUCCUUGGCUGGGAGCAUCUACUCCCUGUGCGCUGUCUCCAUUGCCAGAGCAAGAAUCAUCUCAGGACCUUACAGAGCUCCAAAGUCCACCAACACCAUCUUCAUGCUGACUGGGGUUUGGGUGCUGAGCCUCGCUGUCAGUUUGCCGCUGAGGAUCCAUGCCACGAUGGAAACAAGGUUUUCUACUAAUGUAUCUUUCUGCUUGCCUACGGUAUACCAGCAACACUACCAAGUGGUCUUUAGUCAAUUCGUCCUGUAUUAUCUCAUUCCAGUCUUGGUGAUUGCAUUCAACUAUCUCCGGCUUGUUCUUUUCCUUCAUAAAAGUCCUGUGAUGUCUUGGGAACCUGGAGGCAUCAGCGCUUCACCAGGCCCCUCCGUCUCUCCAGCAGGCAGACCGCAGCAGAGCAAGUCCCGGCCAUUGCCCAGCCAAGUGCCGGUGAUGGGGGAAUGCGAGGCGCCUGUGGGCGUCCAGCCGCUGCUCCACUAUUGUGACCAGGGCAACUGCAAGGGCACCCAGUACCUGCUGUUGGGCCCACAAGCAGCCUCUGGAGUGGGCGAAGAGACAGUGGCAGCAGAGGAGGAGGACACAGGAUGGUUGUGCCACUUGCAUUACCAGCAUCGCCACGUUACUCCUGGGUUUGAGGGACGUGGAGGAACAGAGGAGAACAGAGGAGACUGGGAGAGCCAAAGAGCUGUCCUCGUUCCUCUGCCUCCGAGCAGUGAAUCAUACAACCAAGGAAAGUGGGAAACGGAGCCCCAGGAAGGGUUGGAAAGCUAA